AUGCAUAUCAAAUAUGUGCACAUCCGCCAAAUACUUAUGCUGGAACGUUCCCGACGAGUGGAGCAUGGAAGACGCUGCAACGGUUCCGUGUGCUUACGGCACGUGCUGUUACGGAUUAUACAUCAAGGCAAAAAUGAAAAAGAGCGACACGGUACUUAUCCACUCCGGCACCGGUGCCGUGGGCCAAGCUGCGAUUUAUCUUGCGUUUCACGAAGGUUGCGAAAUAUACACCACCGUUGGCACUCCGGAAAAACGAAAGUUUAUCAGAGACACGUUCCCAUUCAUCCCAGAGAAUCACAUUGGAAAUUCGCGAGACAACAGUUUUGAGCAAAUGAUAUUUAAUCAGACCAACGGCCGUGGCGUGGACAUUGUAUUGAACUCGCUCGCCGAAGAGAAACUACAGACGUCCAUCCGUUGCCUCGCGAAAGGCGGGCGUUUUCUGGAAAUCGGCAAAUUCGAUUUUAUGGCCAAUAAUUUGUUGAACCUGUCGAUCCUUUCAAAAGGGAUUAAAUUUUAUAGCGUUAUGUUGGAUAACAUAUUCCUAGCUCCGGAAGAAAUGAAAACAAAUUUCCACACGACAGUGACCGCAAACCUCGUGAAUAAAGCUAUUCAACCGAUUGCCAGAAAGAUUUUCGAAAAGGAUGAAGUGGAGGCUGCAUUCAGAUACAUGGCAGCUGGAAAGCAUAUAGGAAAGAUAAUCAUAAAAAUACACGAAGAAGAUGAAUCAAUGAGCGCACCCAUUCUUGCACUUCCACGUUAUUACUGUCUAUCGAAUAAAUCGUACGUCAUCUUAGGCGGGUUGGGUGGAUUCGGCUUAGAAUUAGCGGACUGGCUGGUUGCUCGUGGCGCUCAGAAUCUGGUGUUCAUCUCGCGUGCCGGAGUAAAAAACGGAUAUCAGCAGAUGAAAAUCGAUCUAUGGAAAUCUUAUGGAGUAAGAGUUCUAAUCAUAUCGGACGUCGACGUAUCGGACGUCAAAGAUUGUGAACAUAUACUGAAAUCGGCGGAGAAAUUGGCGCCGGUGGACGCUAUAUACAACUUGGCUGUGGUAUUAAAUGAUAAAAUUUGUCCGAAUCAAACUAUAGAGACAUUCCAGGAGCCCUUCAAAGCAAAAGCUUGGGCCACAAAGAACUUGGAUUAUUUGACCAGAAAAAUAUGUCCUCAGCUUCGUCACUUUGUUGUGUUCUCUUCGGUAUCUUGCGGCAGAGGUAAUGCCGGACAGACCAAUUACGGCAUGGCAAAUUCCAUCAUGGAGAGAAUUUGCGAGAGAAGAGUGCAAGAGGGUCUGCACGGACUAGCGAUUCAAUGGGGUGCGGUCGGCGAUGUCGGCCUCGUGGCUGAUAUGCAAGACAACGACAAAGAAAUGGUUAUCGGCGGCACUUUGCAGCAAAAGAUAACUUCCUGCAUCUCGAAACUUGAGGACUUUUUGUUACAAAAACAGCCUAUAGUGGCGAGCAUGGUUGUAGCCGAAAAGCGGCUGAACACUUUUGGCGCAUCCAGUAUUGUCGAAACUGUGGCCAAUAUUAUGAAUCUGAAGGACAUGAGUACCGUGGCUCAUCACAUGCCUUUGUCCGAGCUUGGAAUGGACUCGAUGAUGGCCG